AAAUAAUCAGGAUGGUUUCGAAACACACGGUGACCAGUCAAAACUAGGGCCAAAAAUAAUCCACUUUAACAUGUGCGCGUUUAUCGGGUGAAUUUCUCGGCCGAUUUUCCAUUCCUCGUUGAGGCCGAUGUUUCGUCAAAAUAAUAUAUUUCUGAUGGGAAUUAUCCAGGUAGAAUGUACGAUUACAAAUGGGGAUCAAAGUAGAAAGGUCUGAAAGGAGAUCGAUGGUAAUGUGAUUUCGUGUUACCGAGAAAACGGCGCUCAUCGACACUGACUGACUGACUCGAUUUUCACGUUUCCCGGGCCAAAGAUAAACUAAUGAUCGAUAAGAUGCUUGAGAAAUAUUCCAGGAAUGCAGUUGAUCAACUAGGCAGAGUUGCUCUGGGCUCUUUCUCCCGCAUCAAGGCCAUGUUUUCCAUUCAAACUGACGUUGCCUGUGUGAACGGUGAAGCGAGAGAGAGAAAAGCUGAAAAGCACAGAGAAAGAGAAUCGAUCUACGCGACAGCUUUCGUAAAUGCUGCAUGUUCAUUGAGAGAACGCCAUGGAGCUGGGGAUUCCAUUAACAGCCAACUUUCAAUUCCAUUACUUUGUUCAGUCAUGAUUCCAGUUGGUAUUUCCGGAAUUCUGAGUUUUCUGUUUCCUCGCAUAUUAUUGUGCAAGAGUGCAAGACUGCAAGAGCAGCGAAUAAAUUUCCACAUUUUUCUAAAUAAAAUUUUACCCUUUCGAUUGAUUUGUAAUAUUCUGACGUAAAACUGUAAAAGUUGUUACAAUUAUUUCUGGAUCCCAUAUUGAACAGGGGAUUACGUCGUACAAUACAAACAUUCGUGACUUCGUCCAUCUUAUUUUGAUUAUUCCGCGUUAAGCGUAUCGCACAAUCAGGAUGACAUUCAGUGGGGAUAUCACUGAAGCGGACUCUCCCGACCUCCAGGCAGCAACCGUGGCUCUGCAGGCCAAAGCCGUCCAGCUGGAGGCCUGCCUCCAACAAGUCCUGCAAGGGGCCCAGGUGCUAACGGAGGCCAUCCAGAUGGUAACGGCCGACACCCAGGAGAUCCGUCAGCUGACGCAGCAGCUGCAAGGAGACGUCCAGAAACACAGUGCACAAAAGAUUGCGGAAAUUCUCCCGCUGAUCCAGGAGCUGACGGAGGCCGCUGAGAAGGCCAGAGCCGACGUCCUGGACAUCGCGCAGCAGAUACAGCAGCUGCUGCAGGAGAUCCAGAAACGGAACGAUGAACCGACCGAGAAGGUGCGGAUCGCGGGUCACAUCAAGCAGUUAGCGGAGGAGAUCGAGCAGCGGGCGGAGAAGCUCAGGGACGAGUGCCAGCGCCUGGCUGACAUCGCGGCAGGCUUCGCACCGCUGUUGGCGGAGUAUAGUGCGCUGGCGAAGCAGAGUGCCGCUGCUCUAAAGGAGAUGGAGAGCGCUGAAGCAACGGAACAAAAUCUCGUCUGAUGAUUUCAGUGAGGUAGCAUCGGUACACACCACUACCAGUAUACUGUAUACCGAACAGAUUCUGAAUUGUGGCUGAAUGGUUCUUCUGAUUCAUGGAAUAAUUAUUGCGUUAAUACCAAUUUGGCGUUACUAGGUUUUGUUUUAUUUUCUCCAAGCUGAAUCUCGUGUCAGUGUUUUCCCGUUAAUAUUCUGCUGUACGUGUUCUCUUGUGGCAUUUUACGGUCGGUUCAUAUUUAUUAUUAUUUUCCUAGCAUCAUUUAUAAAUUAAAAAUGUUUAUGAUUUUAUUUGUAUGCAACAGUUUGUCGGCUGUCCGCAUGCGAUUUUUGGGGACUGUUUGUAAGAGGAAGUGGCGUUGAUUAAA